GCACAACUAAAUUUUAGCACUUAGACGUUGCUUGUUGCUUUCUCCAUCGACAUUCUCAUUCUCAAUCCUGAUGUACUCUUGAUCGGUAGUGAAGUUACACUUUAAUAGUUCAAGUUGUAACGAAAUGGAAGUCGAAAACUCUGUUACUGAAGGAGAAUCGAGUCCGGCAAACAAAGAGCAAAACGGUGAUUCAAGCCAUGUGAAUGGCCUAAACGGAUACUCGGAGAAGCACAAGAGUCAUAAAUCAGAACACAAAGAUAAAUAUAGAGAUAGGGAUAGGGACAAAGAUAAAAGUAGGAGUAAGGACCAUAAAAGUUCCAGUAGGGAUAAAGAAAAAGAUAAGGACAGACAUCACAGUUCCAAGGAAAAAGACCGUCACAGCAGCUCCCAUAAAUCUUCAAGCAAAGAUAAAGAUCGGGAUAAAGAAAGAAGUGAAAAGGACAAACGUGAUAAAGAUAAAAGUAAAGAUAAAUAUAGAGACGAUAAAAAGUAUUCAUCCAAAGAUAAAGAGAAGGAACAUAAAAGUUCUCAUGAUAAGGAGCACAAGAGCAGUUCUAGAGACAAAGAUCGAGAAAAGAGAGACAAGGAUAAAGAAAGGGAUAGAGAUAAGGAUAAGCAGAAACACAGAGAUAAAGAUAAGGAAAAAGAUCGACAUGGUAGUUCAAAGGAUAAACAUAGGGAUAAGGAACGUGAGAAAGACAGACAUCAUUCCAGUUCAAAGGAUAAGGAUAGGAAGGAUAAAGAAAAGAAAUAUGAAAAAGACAAAAAUUUAGAAGAAAACAACCGCAAGAUCAAAGAGGAGGUUGAAGAAAUCAAACAGUUGAAAGAAGAGCCAGAAGAUGAGUCAAUGACUGCAAAAGAAGAAGCUAAUUUCAGUACUGACGAUGAUGAAGACAAAUUAGUCAUAAAGGAUGAUCCCGUGAGCAGUCAAGAUGAAGCCGACGAUGGUAGCCAAGCUGAUUAUUCUCAGGCUAGUAGUUGUGACUACAACUUGUCACAUUUUAAGAAAGAAGAAUCAAGUUUCUCCGGUGAGGAUGGUUGUGAAGAUAGCCAAGAUGAGAAAUCGGAGAAUAUUAAGAAUGAAAUUAAAGAAGAAGCUGAGGAUGACAGUGACGAAGAUAUGCCAUUGAGCCGCAGAAGUCAAAUGUCUGCCCGUAUGAAUAGCAAGAAAAGGAAAAUAGAAGACGAAGAAGAUGAUGACGAUGACGUGCCGUUAACGGCUAGAAAGAGGCCAAAAAAAGAAGUGAAAGAGGAGAAGCCCAAAAAGAAAAAGAAAAGAGGUUAUGACGACGACGAUGAGGAGUAUGAUGACGAUGAAGAAAAUGAUUACAAACCCGCGAAAAAAGCCGCAAAGAAAAAAGAGAAGAAGGUGAAAAAAGAGAGCGUCAAAGCUGAGAUAAAGAUGGAGAAUGCAGAUGGGGAUAGUCCUAAAAAGGGCAAGAAAAAGAAGGAAGAGGAACAAGAAGUUUGGAAAUGGUGGGAAGAAGAAAAGAAAGACGAUGGCGUUAAAUGGACUUUCUUGGAACAUAAAGGUCCUGUAUUCGCACCACCGUAUGAGCCACUUCCAAAAGAUGUCAAAUUUUUGUAUGAUGGAAAAGAAGUUCGUUUAUCUGAACCUGCUGAGGAGGUAGCAGGUUUCUAUGCUAAAAUGUUAGACCACGAUUAUACCACCAAAGAGAUAUUUAAUAAGAAUUUUUUUAAAGACUGGAGGAAGGUGAUGAAUGAUGAAGAACGAGCUCUAAUAACUGAUUUGAAAAAAUGCGAUUUUAAAAAAAUGCACGCAUAUUUUUUGGAUGUAGCAGAAAAGAAUAGAAAUCGAAGUAAAGAAGAGAAAAAAGCUUUGAAAGAAAAAAACGAAGCAUUAAUAAAAGAAUACGGUUUUUGUACAAUAGAUGGUCAUAAAGAAAAAAUUGGUAAUUUUAAACUGGAACCUCCCGGUCUAUUCAGAGGUCGAGGUGAACAUCCUAAGAUGGGUAAACUAAAGAAACGUCUAGAAGCAGAAGAUAUCAUCAUAAAUUGUAGCAAAGAUUCGAAGAUUCCAGUAGCUCCUCCAGGUCACAAAUGGAAAGAAGUGCGUCAUGUUAAUACAGUCACAUGGUUGGUAUCGUGGACUGAAAAUGUUCAAAAUCAAGUGAAAUACAUCAUGUUGAAUCCCAGUUCCAAACUUAAGGGCGAAAAAGAUUGGCAAAAGUAUGAAACUGCUAGGAAACUUCACAAAUGUAUCGAUAAGAUAAGAAAUCAAUACAUACAAGACUGGAAAUCUAAAGAAAUGAAAGUUAGGCAAAGGGCUGUGGCUCUCUACUUUAUUGAUAGAUUAGCUCUGAGAGCUGGUAAUGAGAAGGAUGAAGAUCAAGCAGAUACUGUAGGUUGUUGUUCUCUUAGAGUUGAACACAUAGAAUUACACGAGAAAAAAGAUGACAAAGAAUUUGUGGUAGUCUUUGAUUUUCUCGGAAAAGAUUCCAUUAGGUAUUAUAACGAAGUACCAGUUGAAAAACGAGUGUUCAAAAAUCUUGGAUUAUUUAUGGAAAAUAAAAAGGAAGGUGAUGAUCUAUUCGACAGGCUUAACACCCAAAUUAUGAACAAACAUCUCAAUGAAUUAAUGGAAGGUCUUACUGCCAAGGUUUUCCGUACUUACAAUGCUUCGUUUACACUACAACAACAAUUAGAUUUAUUAACGAAUGAGAAUGAUACGGAAGCCGAAAAAAUUUUGGCAUAUAAUAGAGCGAAUAGAGCAGUAGCUAUAUUGUGUAACCAUCAACGUUCUGUACCCAAAGGGCAUGAAAAAUCCAUGGAAAAAUUGAAAGAAAAGAUAGCCUCUAAAAAAGAAGCAAUUAAAGACGCAGAACGACAGGUGAAAGAUGCGGUACGGGAAGCAAAACAUGGUAGCGUCAAAGAGAAGAUAGUUGCCGAUAAGAAGAAGAAGAUGCUGCAACGUCUCAAAGAACAAUUGACCAAACUUGAAAUCCAAGAGACCGAUAGAGACGAGAAUAAGACCAUAGCUCUCGGUACUUCGAAAUUAAAUUAUUUAGAUCCGAGAAUAAGCGUCGCGUGGUGUAAGAAAUAUAACGUUUCCAUCGAAAAAAUUUAUAACAAAACGCAAAGAGACAAAUUUAGAUGGGCUAUAGAUAUGGCAGGACCGGACUACAGGUUUUAAGUUUGGUUCUAUCUUUAUUUAGAUACUGGUUUAGUGUGUAAUAUAAAAAGGAUGCUCGGAAAAUGUAAGUUAAUAAGUUGAAUCAUUUUAUAAUUGACGUGGUGAUUAAUAAUUUUUAUUUUGCGGAAAUAAAUUCGCGCAUGGAUCAUGUUAUUAGUAAUUUGUCGUUAUCAACUAAGUCAAUUCAGAUUGUUGUAAAGUUAUGAAACAAUAAAAAAAAAUUCUGUCUGUGUAUUUAAUAUGUUCGUAGUGAAAGUUAAUUAUUUUUCAAAUUAUCCUUUGCUUGAAUGUAGGGAUCCUAAAGGGAUCAGAUUUUGGGAUUAUUACUGUGUGUAUAUCUUUGAUUGAAUUUGGAAAAUGUUUGAUUGAUCAAUUUUUAAUAUUUAAAUUGUUAAACUUGAUAUAUAAAUUUUUAUGAUUUUUCAAAACUUUUAAAUUGUUCAGUUUAUAGUCAGACUUGAGUAUUUGUUUAAAAAUCAUUAUUUCGUUAAUCGAUAUUUUGAAAUUUAAACGUUUUAUUAAUUUUCCAAGAAUUUUAUAGCAAAAAACUAGAAAACUUGAAAAUCUUUAUUGUUUUUUGAAUUCCUAUAAACGGUGCAUGAGUAUUUGUUCAAAAGUGAUUAUUUUAGUGGUUAAUUUUCUUAUAAUCGAACUUUUCAUAAGUUUUUUAAUAAUUAAAUGAUAAAAAAAUUGAAAAUAUUCAUUAUUACUUCAAUUUUUAGAAACAGGCCAUGGACCUUCAAAAUCUGAAAAUCUUUCAAUGUUUAUUCAGUUUUUAGGAACAAGGCAUGAGUAUUUGUUUUAAAAUGAUUAUUUCAAUAAUUAAUUCUUUAAAAAUUUUAACGUUUUAUAUUUUUUUCAAAAUUUAAAUGGCAAAAAACCUAAAAAUCUUCAUUAUUUGCUUAACUUUGAGUAACAGGGCCAGGAGAUUUCUUUAACAAUCAUUACCCCCAGUUAAUUUUUUUCAAAUUUCAACAUUUUAUGAAUUUUUCAAAAAUUUAAUACAAACUUGAAAACCUGAAAAUCUUGAAUUUUCAGUUAUUUGCAAAAAUAUAAGUUUUCAGUAUGAACAUAAGAUUUUCAAGAAGUAGAAAAGUUCAUCACAUUCUUUUUAAAUAACAAAACAAUUUUAUUAAUAAAAUGACGAUUUCCAAACAUAUACCAGUGCUAUCUGACAUAAUAAUCUUUUUUUCACCUUUAAACUGUGUAUUAUUCAAAUUUUAUCAAUGAUAUACAUAUUAUAGGCAUUUUCACACUAGUCAAAUUACAAACUACUUUAUAUUGUGCGAUAUAUUGAAAAAAUUGCACGUGUAAAUGAUUCAGUAUUGUCGAAUGUAGCUUUAAGACAAAAAAAUACCGAUUUAUAGGAUGAAUUUUUAAAUAAUUGUGACUGAUUGAAAUGUAUAAGAAAAACUAUUUAAAAAUAAAUGCUCAAAAUUAUAUAUUUAUAAUAUACGUGUGCAAUAUGUUCAUCUUCGCUCGAAGACAAAUUUUAUCGAGUCCAGAUUUUACACAUUCCAUUCGAAGUGCAUAAAACACUCUGUAUAUUUGAAUAUCUUAUAUCUGCUAUGGUACAUUGUUUACAUCUAAUUUAAUUACUUAAGUGAUUUAUGGUUAAGUCGAAAUGUCUUCCAUAACUUACAUUCAUUUAUCAUUUUACAAUAUUCAAAUCUUUUGGAUAAAUUUUUGAACUUCUCGGACUAUCAUUGAACAAUAAGCCCCCCAAAAAAAUCAAUUACAACGUGGUUAGAUUUAAGAUCUGGUAACUAUUCUUUUAAUAUACUCUCUAAUGCUUAAAUGUUCAUUUUCUAAUAGUUGAUCACAAACUAACUCAUUUAGAAACAAUCUUUAUUGGAAAGUUCUCUCGUAAACUACUUUCAUUGAAAUCUUUUACUUGAUAAAAACUGGAGAAUUUGUUAAAUGACUAGAUCUUUCUUUUAGCAAGUUGUUUGACAAUUUUCUGUUCUUUUUUCACAAUCUUCUUAUAAUAAACUCAAUCGCUUUGUGAAUCAUUAACCAUUCUUUUGAUGAUUUAAUUCUUCAACUCUCUAUUGCAUAAAUGUACAUUUUGUAAUAGUUUAUUAUAACUUCAUAGAUUCAUUUGUUUGGGAUCUAACUCAACUAAAAGUCCAUUGAAAAUUUCUUCCAAAAACUCCUUUAGUUGUCAUAUUUUAUUUGGGAAAUAACAGGAAAUUUGGUUAUUGAUUGCCAUUUUCUAUACUUUCAAUGUUUUGUGAGUUAGGAAACAUUCUUUUGAAGAAUGCAUAAAUAUUUGGCGUUUUCUAAUAGUUAAUUCGUUUAAAAAUAAACAAUUUAAAUUUGGCAGUCUGUUCUUUCCCAAAAUAACUAUUGUCAGUGAGAGUUUGUUCUGGAACUAAAAUAACUGAAUCAAAUCUGUUUAUUAAAAAGUUAUUUGAUAAUUAAUCCUACAGUUGUCUAUUCUUUUGCAAUUCUAUUGAUUUAGCAAAAGUAAUUAUUUAGGAUUAUUUUUAGUUCCAAAAGUUUAUCCCUAGUAUAGAUGUAAACAAAUUACGUGUUGACCAAAAAAAAUCUGUUAACUGAUUUUUUCCGAGUAGUCUGGUAACAGUGGAAGAUUUUUUUAUUCUUUCCAGCCAAUCAGUGUGAAGGACUUUAGUUACAAAUAAAUAAAUUUAGAUCGUCUUAAACUUGAGAUAGUUUCUAGAUGAUCCAUUCAAUUAUAUUUUUUAAGGUUAAAUUAUUAAAUAGUGACUUUUUAAAUUUUACUUAGUGAAUUUCUUCUAUUUAUGGAAGUAUUAAAUAUCUAUGUGUACAGAUAUUAUAUCUUUUUUUUUUAAUAUGAGUCGUAUAGUCGCCAAUUUUUAUUAAUUAACAAAAUUUUGUUCAUUUGAACUACCGAUAACGAAAUUUUGUUAAUUUGAACUUCCGAUGACAUAAUUGAUGUAUUUUCUACAUCAUCGCAGUAAUUGGUGAUUAAAAUUUGGCGACAAUACUUGAGAGACUUAAGCAAUUCUUUUUAUUUCUGUCUUCCGUUAUUGUGCUUAUUUGGAAUGAAUUAUUGAAUUGACAACUCAUUGUACCAAAUUUACAAUUUUCCCCUUAUAUUUGUCAUCUGUAAAGGAGCGACAAGUUGUAGCAAUUCUGUCUGUAUAUUACAGAUUUUAUUAAUAAAAAGACAUAGAUCAAAAAAUUUUUAAUUUCACUAC